AUGUCCUCCUUACUAGCUGCCUCGUGUAUCGUGAUACCGUGUUUUCUACUGUGCCUGAUACUGUGCGCCUCCCAUGGAGAAACCUCACCAGUGCUGCGACGCUCGAAACCCUCGAAAAUGGGCAUGUUUUGGACGACAAUUCAUAAUGCGUCCGUACCAUCGUCGGCGUCCUCGUCAGCCUCCUCAUUUUUAUCGACCGCAUCCACCAUGGUGUACCGUCCGCAGCUCAUCAUCGAUCGCCCCGCGGUAAGCAAAGUGGCCGGUGGAUCAAUCGCCACCAACGAACAGUUCCCCCAUCUGGUAGCCAUCAUCCUUAUCUUUGCCGACGGUUCCGAUACACUCUGCGGUGGAUCGAUUCUAGCCGACCGAUACAUACUGACCGCCGCACACUGUCUGUACGGUAUGAAGGAAGCAACCGUCAUCCCUGGCCAAACCGCGAUACAGAUACCGUUCGCAGCGGACACAAUCACCGUACCGGUGAAACCGUCCGACACCAUCCUACAUCCGGGGUUCGAUCCGGUCGAUAUACUCAACGAUAUUGCACUGAUCCGCUUACCGAAACCACUUACCUUUUCGUCCCGCGUGCAACCGAUCCGCUUGCCUUCCUGGACCAACGCGUACACCGAUCUGACCGGGUACGAUUCGAUAGUGUCCGGUUGGGGCGCUCAAUCGAACGAUGACUUCGCUGAGCUGACGGAUGAGAUGAAGCUCGAACUGCGCUACGCCACCAACACGAUCGUCUCGAAUGAAGUAUGCUACCGGGUGUACGGAUCGAUCAUUCGCGAUCAGCAGAUUUGUGUGGCCGGUGAAGGUGGUCGCAAUCCGUGCCAGGGUGAUUCCGGUGGACCGCUGACGGUGAAGUUCGAUGGGCAGCGCUUGACGCAGGUCGGGAUCGUUUCGUACGGGUCGACCUUAGGCUGCCAGAAUGGUGUUCCGGGAGUGUACACGCGCGUAUCGUCGUACGUCGAGUGGAUCGUUUACCACACGGGAAUAGUAGCGUAG